AUGAGAUUACGAUUAUGUCUCUUGUUGGCAGCCUCGGCGGUUUGUGCUGCCGAGCAAAUGGCACAUAUGCAUCAACAAGAAUUGCAAUCGGAACAAAGUUUUGAAACUCCGGUACCUCAUGUAAUGACCCAUCAUCACGGAGUUCCUAUACUAGAAACCGACCUUAAACCGGCCGAACUUGCCUAUUGGGAGGCAUAUAACACCACCACAUUUUUCACGGUUGACGCCCCUCAUAAAGCGGCGUUGUAUCUGCAUGUAAUCCUUACUGCGAUAGUAACAGUUGUAUUAUAUCCGGUAUGUUUGGUGUUAAAUAAUGUAAAAUCCUCGUGGUAUUUGGCUGGAUUGACUGUCAACUCGGUGGUGAUGGUGAUUGGUCUCAUGAACUAUUUCAUGUUUAUGCAAUCGGCUCCAGAUUUGUACCCAGGAAACGCAUACACAAAGAUGUCAUGGAUCCUCUUGUUCUCGACUUGCAUCCAUUGGUUUUUUGCGUUAUUAAGAGCGGGUUUCAACUAUAUCCGCACAGAAAACAAGUACUCGCAUCUCUCUGGUGAUGAUAUGUACGAUCUGGAUCUCUCGGUGAACAGAUGCACCUCGCCUUCAUCAACAUUGUAUGAGCUGCCCGAUUCCUUUGAGAUUCCAGACGAGGAAAACGAGUUCAAAAAGGCUACCAUGGUGCAAAAUCUGCCUACUUCUCCUUACCUUGCAAAGGUAUUGAGUACCCCAUGGCUUAGAAAAUUUGUCGAUUUCUUUGGCGCCUGGACCAUUGUCAUCUUCAACUUUAUGAACUGGGCUCAAUUCUUUUACCAUCUUAUUUAUAUUCCCACCGGAGUCGCAGUGCUCUCGUGCUUUGGACAAGGAAAAACUGUGUUUAACUUGUUGGCACAUUUCAUCAAGGGUGGAGUGUUCUUCUCAUUGGGAUUACUUUAUUUAUCUCGCUACUGUGGAUCUUUUGCUGGAAAGGGCUGGGCAUGGAACCACAAGUUUGUGACUGAAGCUGAAACAAGAACCAGCAGAUGGGCCAGAUGGCAAUCAUCAGGUUUGUGUACGAUGGAGAUGGUGGAGUCGUCUCUUAUCUUGUUCUAUGGAUGUACCAACAUUUUCUUGGAACAUUUGGCAAGCCCAGGAGGUGAAUGGACGGCUAAGGAUUUACAGCACGCUUCCAUUGCCUUCAUUUAUAUUGGCUGUGGUCUUUGUGGGGUGAUUACCGAGUCAAAGUUGGCAUCGUGGAGAUAUGAAAGAGCCAUGGUGAAAGCUACGGAUUCGGGUACAUCUAGAAUAGUCAAGGCUAGUCCUGGCUUUUCUCCUAACCCAUUCCCUAUUCUCACCAUCUUCUGGACUGGUAUCCUCAUGUCUAAGCAUCAGCAAGCCUCACACUUGUCUACAGAAAUUCACACCCAAUGGGGCAACAUGUUUAUUCUUGGCUGUGCUUUCAGAUUCUUCAGUUAUAUCCUUUUACUCCUCAUUCCUGGUGACAAGAAUCCAACCAAGCCACUUCGUUUGAUUACCGAGUUGAUUGUCAGCUUUUCUUUGCUUUGUGGAGGACUAAUCUUCAUGGAAUCGUGUGAUCCGAUAAUCUUGGCAUUCGAAUACAGAGGAUUCACAUCGAUGUUCACUCUCAACAUCUCUUUGGGUGUAAUUACGCUUCUCAUGGCAUGGGAAAUGGCACUUUUCGCAUUCAAAGACUGGUUGUUGCAGCGUGGAACCAAAAAGUUAUAA